CCAGCACUUUACGGGAACAUACAGAGAUUUUGUUCGAUUUUGCUUUCUCCCUAUCCACCUCCGCUUCGUCGCUGCCCGCGGCACCGCGCCCUCCUCCCGGCCCCACGCUCCUCCCUCUUAAGUAGCUUCGUGAUUGGAGGCCAUUCUCGUUCACAUUAGCAUCGACACUGACACCGACACCGACCCGCACGAACAUAGACAUCUCGCACAGACUUCCUCUGCAGGAACUACGUACUCUGAUGGCUUCUCCCGCCGUGGUAGAGAACUUGCCUCCUUCGUUGAACUCCAGCGCCGAGCAACCUCCUCUUUUCGAUGGAACGACGAAGUUGUACACCUGUUAUACAUGCCCAUUUGCUCAGCGUGUCUGGAUCGCGAGGAACUAUAAGGGACUGCAGGACAAGAUUAAGUUAGUUCCUCUUAUUCUUGAGGACAGGCCUGCUUGGUACAAGGAAAAAGUCUACUCCGUGAAUAAGGUCCCGGCAUUGGAGCACAACGGGAAAAUCAUUGGAGAGAGCCUAGACCUCAUCAAAUACGUGGACAGCAACUUUGAAGGGCCUUCUCUUUUCCCUGAUGAUCCUGAAAAGAAGAAGUUUGUUGAAGAACUGUGGUCUUAUGUUGAUGAAUUCAUAAAGAUAGUCUACACUUCAUUCAAGGGAGAAGGACCAAAGAAUGUGGUAAGUCCUGCUUUCGAUCAUUUGGAGAGUGCUCUUGGCAAAUUUGAGGAUGGACCAUUCUUUCUCGGCCAAUUCAGUGGGGUGGACAUUGCCUACAUCACAUUUGUUGAAAAGAUUCAGAUCUUCUUAUCUGAAGCAUUUAAGUAUGACAUCACUGCAGGCAGACCUAAGCUAGCAGCAUGGAUUGAGGAAAUGAACAAGAUCGAUGCUUACAAGCAGACAAAGACUGAUCCUAAAGAACUUGUUGAAUUCUACAAGAAGCGCUUCACUGCUCAGCAGUAAAUGGAGUCAUGACCAUGCUAGGCUAUAUAUGAAGUAAUAAGGGGAGUAAGAAGAGUUGAAUGGCUUGAUAAUUGUUAUACCUUAUUUUGAUGUUUCUCUAAGGCUAGUUGUGUUGUGUCUCCGCUCUAGAUGCAGCGAUGCUUCUUUUACAGCUUGGAAAUGUAAUAGGGAUAGUACUUGAAAUUUCACAAAUAAAACAGAUCAUUUACGACUCCUUUGCAUUA